UGAUUUUGUGCCUUUGAUGUUGAAGUGAUGUAGGAUAGACCAUGUUUGCUCUUCCUUUUCUAGUGGCCUAACAGUUGUGAAUGUACACAUCUGUAUUGAUCUGUGCUGAAGGACAUGCAGAGAGUUUCCCACGCUGCUCUGUGUGAGGCUGUUUGGUUUAGUUAGAGAGAGGAGCAGCCACAAUGGACAGGCUGGUUGGAUGUCCCACAGCUUUGUCAAUCUCAAAGUUGGCUUCAAACUUCAGACAAUAUAGUAGAAAAUAAAUAUAUUGUUGAUUAUUUGUGACGGAUAUUGUGAUAGUGAUAUGAUUCAUAAUUUGUACGACUUUGCUACGAUCAAAAUCAUAAAGAUUUGACAAACAAAAAAUGUUCUCAUCUAAAGAGCAGAUUCUUUUUUGCCAUUGACAUUUCAAUCACAAUUCUGCUUUAACACAUUUUUUUUUUUAUCAAGUAAUUUGAGUUGUUCAUAUGUUUGAAUUUGGUCGUGUUUUGUGAUUAAUUGUGCAGCCUGACACAGCAGUGGGGGACUCACUGCUGUUUAGAAGUCGACUCUCUCUAAUUUAAAACCUCCAGGGAAGAGAAUAAACAGAGCUAAUGACUUUCAAGGGAGAGGAAAGAGGUUUCCCUGUGACAUUUACUUUCUUCCAACUUAGUUCCCAGAUUGUUCAAAAAAAUCAGGAAACCCCUCAUAUGUCGGUGCAGUUUUUAUUCAAUUACUAUCUAUCCCUGAGAUUCCCUCUGAAAACUGAGCUGUUUUCAUGUCCAUCGUGGUAUUUCAGUAAUAAGGGACUUGCCACAGUAUAGCCCACUUGCCUAAUGCAUCUGUCUGCCUUUUAAGCUUCAUUACAUCCAUUCAGACUUCCUGCACAUGUGUCAUACCCUUACUGAUCACUUGUUUGUGAAUUGCUUUGUGGCUCAGUCUGUUGUGAACAGUAAUCUUUUUUGCACAGAGUCACCAUAUCCUACACCUUCUGCCUGUGAUUGAGUGCUUCCUCUGUCAGUUUUGCCGCUGUCCCUAUUGUGGCGACAACACUGAGCCCUCUCUUCCUCAUUUUGCUAUUUUUCAUGUCAAGGAUUCAGUUUCCUGUUUCUCGGGGAACAAUGGAGUUCAGUCGUCGUACUAAAAUGUGCAGAUAUCUUGAUAUAAAUGUUGGCAUAAGCAAGCGAUUAGCAAGUGAACAACUCACAGCACUGGAUGUGAUCCUUCAGUAGUUAUUUUCCCUCAUUUGUGCAUCAAGGAAUGAAGAGUAGAGGAGCGAUCGAGUUGCACAACAAAGUUGUUGUGUUGGCUUUAAACAACGGUGUAGAGGCAUGGCAGAGCAGAGGUCACUGAGGUGUCAGGAUUUCCUAAAGCUGGCCGGAGGAGUGAUCCUGGGAGUGGCCCUGUGGCUCCGCCAUGACAGUCAAACUGGCAACCUCCUCAUACUGCAGUUUGAAGGCCAUCAAGCACCAGGCACAUUCUAUAUCAGUGUGUACAUACUGAUUGCUGUAGGAGCUGUGAUGAUGCUUGUUGGCUUCCUGGGAUGUUACGGUGCCAUUCAGGAAUCUCAGUGUUUGCUGGGGACAUUCUUCUUCUUUUUGGUGAUCCUCUUUGCCUGUGAAGUGGCUGCAGCAAUAUGGGGUUUCAUGAACAGGGACACAAUCUCCAAAGAACUGAUCAACUUCUAUGACUCUGCAUACAUCAAGGCUGUGGAUGUCUCUGGGUCUCCCAGUAAAGACGCUGCUGUCAAGGUCCUGGAUGUUUUCCACAGUACGCUCAACUGCUGUGGUAAAGGAGAUGACACAGCACUCUUCAAACAAGUUGCCACGACGUUGUGUCCAGGAAAGUCUGCAGAAGAUUUUCUGAAAUCUCAGAGCUGUCACGAUAAACUGAUCGAGCUGUUUUCAGAGAAGCUUCACCUGAUUGGUCUGGCUGCCUUGGUGGUUGCUGUCAUCAUGAUCUUUGAGAUGAUCUUCACCAUGGUGCUCUGCUGUGGGAUCCGUAACAGCCCUGGAGUGUACUAGGAGUCCAGCCAACAAGCAGCAACAGGACAUGGAAUUAGUUUACCAUGUGCCAGCUCUUUUUUCCUUUUGAUUAUAACACAUGUCUUGAUAGAUAUCUCUCCUUUUUGUUUUAGAUUAGAAAUAACAAAUUGUUGUAUUUUUUUGCUAACACUUAAUCUAUCAUCGCUCUGUUUUCUUACACACAGAAAUGUCGCGUCUGUCAGAGUCUUUAUUUAUCAUACAAACCUUCAGGAAUCUUCGAUAUUUACAGUAUGUGCGUGUGAAAUGUUUUCUCUCAUUGAACUUAAAGCUGUUGGAUGUAUAAAUUGUAUAAAUAUAUAAAUAUGUACUACAUUUGUACUGUUCAAUAUCUCCCCUGAUUGUGUGCGUGUGUGUGUCACAGUAUAAUUUAAGCAGCAGGGUUUUGUGAUCUAAGGUUCUGUCUUACUUUCUACUCAAACAUCACGUGUUGUUUUGUGCUUCAUUAACUUGUGAAAUAGUCCUUUAAUUGUGACUGUGCUACAUUUAAUCACUUGUUUUUUUAUGUAUAUAUAUAUAUAUAUAUAUAUAUAUAUACACACACAUAUAUAUUAAUGCUAAGAAAUGAUCGUGAUGUCACUUUGCUUGUACUGCUACAACCUUUUCUUCAUUUGUGAUGCUUUAAGAUGAAGAAAAAGGUGCCGUGUCUUCACGUUUUUAAAACAAAAUUGUGACUUUAUAUAUUCAUUACUUUUAGAGGCUUCUCUAUUUUCCAAAAUAAGAAGUAAAUAAAAAGAUACAGAAAAUAAACACAUUUUGAGUAUCAGAA